CCAUUGGGUAAGAGACCCAGGGGCGCAGCUAGCCAUGGAAACCAAAACCGAAAAACUCGUUUAUGUUUCAAUGAUUGUGUAAGAAGCGCUUCGUCUGAGUACUAUGGGUCAGCGGGGAGUGAAUUACGCAGAAGAUUUGUAUUCCACACAUUUUUUUGUAUAUAUUUUUUUACCCUAGCUAAAUACCUAGCUAGGCGAGAGGAUUGUAUUACCUAGCUUGUUAGCCAGUGAAUACACAGUGGUGGUAAACUUCGCAAAGAGUAACUGUUACGUUUGUAGCUAGUUAGCUCUUGCUAGCCAGCUACCUCCACUUUUGUGAUUUUCUUUCAUCGGGUGUAACUUAGGUUACCACCCGAUGGAAGCUGUUGCCUUGGAGCUUGAGGCUGCUAACACUGUGCAAUUUCUAUUUUUGUGGUUCGCACAAUAACAUUGGCUAGUUAGCUAACUAUCGAUCACAACAAAACUACCUUGUUACUCGCUUGCCUUUGUGGAUACAGGCCAUGGACUGAAUAACGCACACGAAUGGUGUCGUCUAGCUAGCUUGAUGGCUAACAGUCAUAUUGGAUAAUAUACAUUGGGUACAACUAAACAACACAAGACCUUGAAUAUGGAUUGUGUGUGUGUGAACUCAAGACCGCUUGUUAUUUGGAUCAUCAUGCAUUGGAUUGCUGGUCCCAUGUGCCAAAUUGGAUUAAAUAAACGUAGCUAAAGAAAACAACGGAAUUAUACACUGCAUUUUUUUUUUUUUUUACAUUUGCAUGUUACGGUGAACGGAGGCGAAAUACAAUGUCUACGGCGAAAGAGAACUCUUGCAGGAAAUUCCAGGCGAACAUUUUCAAUAAAAGUAAAUGUCAGAAUUGCUUCAAACCUCGGGAGUUGCAUCUCUUGACCGAUCAAGAUCUGAAUCAGGCCAAACCUAUUUAUGGCGGAUGGCUGUGCUUGGCCCCCGAGGGAACAGACUUUGGCAAUCCCAUGCAGAGAUCCCGGAAAUGGCAGCGGAGGUUCUUUGUGCUGUACGAACAUGGCUGCCUGCGCUUCGCCCUGGACGAAUCGUCGAGCACUCUUCCCCAGGGAACGGUGAAUAUGAACCUGUGUACUGACGUCAUCGACGCCGAGCCCAAGACGGGCCAGAAGAACGCUCUCUGUAUCAUCACUCCUGAGCAGGAGUACUUCAUACGAGGGGAGAACAAAGAGAUCAUCAAUGGAUGGACUGAACAGCUGGUGAUCUAUCCCAGGACUAACAAGCAGAACCAGAAGAAGAAACGCAAGGUGGAGCCCACCACUUCUCAGGAGCCAGGACCAGCAAAAGUGGCAGUGAAAGGAUCAGGUAUCCCCGAAGUGGGCUCAGAGAAGGUUCUAGACUCCAGCUCCAUCAUCUGGCAGGAGGAGCUGAGCCACAGAGAGGCUGAGGGGGUGGCCUUGUGGCCUGCGCCUGACCUCCCCAGGCUGGGCUCACCACAGCCCUCUAUAGGUGACUGUGGUUCCGUGGGCCGUGGCUCAGACGCUGGCUCAGUCAACGGUGACGAGGUGGACCGAAGUGGCCUCCACGGCUCGGUCCCCCUCGCCCACCACUACCUCCUGUCUCCCAUGGGCUCCUGCUCCAGCCUGGGCGGGGUGCCCCGCUGCUUCUCCCCGGUCCCCAGCGACCCCUUCCCCUCUGGCAGCUCCCUGCUGUCCAACGGCUCCCACAUCAGCGGCUCGGUCAGCUCGCUGGACUCUGAUGCAAGCGGCAACACGGUGGCCAGCACAGAGAGCCAUCUGGCAGGGCGGUUAGGGCUGGCCCAGGGAGGGCACCAUGAUACUCCACGGUCCAGGAGGCUGGAGGCCGAGGCCAGGAAGGCAGAGAAGAGGAGCAGAGUGAGGAGUCCUGGUGAGGAGAGAGAGGCCGUGUUCAGUCCUGAGAAGAGCCGAUCUGGGGUGAUAGAGAAGCUGGAGGCAUUGGAGCUGGAGAAUCCAGAGAGGAUGGAGGUAGAGGAGGCUGGGAGGACAGGAGCCAGGCAGGGCCGCAGCGAACACAGACGCUUCCACACAGAGGAGCAGAGACAUGACCUGGGCCAGGGCCUGGACUUCCCUUCCACUCUGCCCCCUCUCAGACGAGCCAAGUCCCUGGACCGUAGGACCACCGAGUCCGUCAUGACCCCAGACUUGCUGAACUUUAAGAAAGGUUGGAUGGUGAAGCUGGACGAGCAUGGACAAUGGAAGAAGUUUUGGUUCGUACUGACAGACCACAGCCUCCGAUACUACAAGGACUCCAUUGCUGAAGAGGCUUCAGAUCUGGACGGGGAGAUAGAACUGUCUACGUGUUAUAACGUCACUGAAUACCAGGCUCAACGCAACUACGGCUUCCAGAUACAUACCCAGGAGGGCAUGCACACCCUGUCGGCCAUGACUGCAGGCAUACGGAGGAACUGGAUCCAGGCUGUCAUGAAGAAUGUCAGACCCUCCACCGCUCCAGACGUGGCUAGCAACCACGGCUCCUUCUCCCCACUGGAGGGGCUGGUUCAGCCGGACGUGACCCAGGACUCCCCUUCCUCCGAGACCUCGUCCGUGGAGCGUGAGCCAGGUCCAGGCCUUAAGAAGAGUCGGGCACGCGAGCGCCGACAACAAGGCCGCUCAAAGACCUUCGACUGGGGCGAGUUCCGACCCAUUGCCCAGGCUUUGGCCCAGCAGCGGGCCCAGAAGGCUGAGCCCCUGCAGACUGACAUAGGAGACCCUGAUCGGAACCGGAGGAGGGAAGAACGACGGAGGAGGUAUGAAUCUGUUACUGGCUCCUCCAAGGACCAACCAGCAGGCUCCGAGGGCGGGAGGAUGGACUUUGAGAAGGGGGGAGGGAGUCAAGGCAGCCCUGGGGGUGAGUGCGUGGGUCCCCCCUCCCUGGAGAGGCAGCAGAAGGUGGAGGAGGAGAUCGAGCAGCACUGGCAGCAGGUGGAGCAGACACCCAUCAGGGAUGAGAGGAGGGUACUUCUGCCCUCGACACUGCAGACCAGGGAGACGGCCGAGCUGGAGAAACUGCUGGAGAGCUACAAGAAAGGGGUAGAAGAGCUGAAGCUGCAGUUGGAGAGCUGUCACCAGCAACUGCUGCACUCCAACCAGCACAAACAGAAUCUGGAGGUCCAGCUGAGGACGGCUCUGGAGAGAGAGCAGCACGUCCGUUCCGGAUACGUCUCCCAGCUGGAGCUCCCUUUGGUUCUGGAGGCUGAUAUCAAGCCCCAGACGAAGAGGCCGGAACUGGUUAGUUCUCAAGCGCAGAGCUUAGCAAGGAAGUAUCAGGAGACCAAAGAGCUCCUGCAGCUGCAAGAACUGAAAAAGCGUAAUAUGCAGGCACAGCUUGGCCUCUCGCUUUCCCACCUCUCCAUCAAGGAACUUUACUUUUCCCACCCCCAAACAACAGCCCCUCUGGAAAGCCUGCCUUCCUCAGAGCCGCCCGUCAAAAAGAAUGUUAGCUUUUUGAUCGAAGAUAGUGUAGACAGGAUUCAAGAGCUAGAGGACUUGAUAUCAGGAAAGUCCCUGACUCUGAAGGGACUGGUUAGAUUGCUACGAUCUCACAGUGAAUUCUGCGUGGAGGCUAGUCUGGAAAUAGGACAACAGGGUAGUUGCCAGAGGCUUUUGGAGAGCUGGAAGUUUCAACAAGAGGUAGACAACGAGUCCAUGAGGCAGAGCUUGGCCAGGGCGGGCGAAAGCAUCCACAGUUAUGAAUCGCGUCUCCUGGCCAUGGAGGACAUGCUAGGAAGGGUUCAGAAGGUGGAGAGCCGGAAGACCCCUUACGGACCACUGUGUCAAAUCGAAGACCACUCGGAAUGCCAAGAGAUCACUGUACGGGCGUUGUCCCACAGGGUUGAACUUCUAAAGAGCGAAAACGGAGCGCUGAACCAGCGCUAUCAGGAGAUAGUGAACCAACUAACUGAGGCAGAUAGGGAGAUCAACAGGCUCAAAGCUGAGCUGAUCAACCUGCAAGGCGGGAAACAGCACCUACUGAUCCUAGAAGAGCUGAACGGAGUCAGGGCCAGACUAGCAGAGAGCCAAGCCAAUGCUAUCGACAGGGAGUUCUAUGAGAGAGAGCUGAAUGAGAAGUCUGUGAAGCUUCAUGAGGCCCUUGUCACCUUGGAGGUGCUAGGAAGCAGCCUGAAGGAUGGAGAGAGGAGACUGCAGCUGAAAGAGGCCACUCUCAAAGGUCUGGGAUUCCAGAUGGCAGAGGAAGGUGCUCCUAAGGAGAAAGGGCAACUCAAAGAGCAGCUGGAGGCAACAGGGGCCAAGCUCUUGGAAAAGGAAGAGCUCUGUAGAGAACUUCAAGCUCAGAACGUUGAACUUCAAGCUAGAAACCAGGAAUCGGAGAGAGUCCAGUGUGUGAAACUUUUAGAGGCAGAGAAUGAGAUUAGGAUGUUGCGAGCAAAGUUGGGGGUAAAGGCAAAGUCGGCUAGGGGAGAAAGAGAAGUGAAUGUUAGUGAAGACUUGAUGCAGACCGGUGAGAGGAAGGUAGCAGACAAAAGUGUUAUAAAGCAAGUAGUAGGUGAGAUAAAGAUGAAGUCUGAGGCCCUUAGUCGGGUGUUAGAUGUGUUAGUGAAGCUCGAUGUUAGUGUGGAGAAAACCCUAAUUGAUCUGAAAAGCUCUUUACAUAUCACAGACUGCCUUGGAUUCUUUGAAGAAGAGCCAGAUGAAGUAAGUCAGAGAGUAAUGAAAAGGUUGGUAUUAGAGGCAGCGUUCUGGAGUGGUCUGUUGAACGCUUUAGAGGUUAGCCCAUGCAAGACUGAAGGUGAACGUGCAUGUAGUUUUGAAAUGCGUGUAGUACAGCGUACGGUAGCUGAGAAGAGCAUGUUGCUGUUGAUGAACAGGAUUUGUCCUCGACCCAAGAUGGAAGUUGAUAAUAAGAUGACUGUGACUGCACAGACCAUGCAAGCAGACCUUUUGAAUUGGUGCAGCUGGCUUGAUAAUGACACCAACACGCUCAUUUUGAAAGAUCUAACAGAGGCAUUGCAAGAGAAAGUGUAUUUGUUUAACCUAAUUGCCUCCACCAUUGAAAUGUCCACAAAUGACACCCUCCUGUCCUUGGUCCUAGCUAGCUUUGAUUCCGGAAAAGUUAAGAAACAAUGGUCUGAGUACCUUCAAGACGCAGCCACAGAAGCUCACAUGGCCUUUCUCAUCAGCAGGCUGAACUUCCAACACGAGAAAGAGCUGAAAGAAACACAGGUUGAGAAACUUCGGAUUGGCAACUCUGACUGUGCCAACUGCCUUCUAUUGAGAGAACAGAACGGAGAACUCCAAUCCAAAUUGUCGGAUCAACAGAAUCAUCUGCAAUGCCUUGAAAGCACUAUGAGUGAAGAUACUAGACCAGUAACACACAUCCAGAUCGAAGGGGAGCCCAUUGACUCCCUGGACAAGGCCAUACAGCUGCAAGACAUGGUAGCCAAGCACAAGCUGGAGCUGCGGGAGACCAAGGACGUCUACACACAGGUAACAGAAAAUCUGCGACAGGAGGUGGCAAAGGUGUCCGAGAUAUUGCGUCUAGAACGUGAAGAAAACGUGAAGGAGAUUGACUCUCUGACUGUCUGCAUGGAGAACCUGAAGAAGAAACACGAGACAGAGAUGAGUGUCCUACUGGAGAAGUUCCAUCAUCAGAUGGAUGUCACCCCAGGAGCAGGCUAUCCCACUGGGGCAGAGGAUGAAACGAUGUCCCCUGAGACCUCUACGACCUCCGCCCUCAAGGAGCGCAUCCAGGAGCUGGUGGCCCAGGUCUCGGCCAUGACAGAGGAGAUGAAGCGGAGGGAGCUCCAGGGCGACGCAGCUACCCUCCGGCUGAAAUACGACAAAGACCUGGAGAAUCUGAAGGCCACCUGUGAGAGGGGCUUUGCUGCCAUGGAGGAGUCCCACCAGAGGGUGAUUGAAGAACUGCAGAGGAAAAACCAGAGAGCACUGGAGAACCUACACGAGGAAAAGGAGAGGCUGCUAGCCGAGGAGACUGCCGCUACCAUAGCCGCAAUCGAGGCGAUGAAGAACGCCCACCGGUCGGAGCUGGAGAAGGAGCUGGACAAGGCCCGCAAGUCCAACAGCAACACGGAGAACGCAGACAUAGAGGAGAUAUGCAGGCAACACGAAGAGGAGCUGUGUUCGUUCCAGAGGGAGAUCGAGGUGCUGUCUGAGCAGUAUUCUCAGAAGUGCCUGGAGAACGCCCACCUGGCCCAAGCCCUGGAGGCUGAGAGACAGGCCCUUAGACAGUGUCAGAGGGAGAACCAGGAGCUCAACGCACACAACCAGGAGCUGAACAACCGUCUAGCUGCAGAGAUUACGAAGAUGCGUUCUAUGGCCGCUGAAGACGGGGGUGGAAACACCUGCAACAUCACACAUGGGAAGGAACUGUACGAGCUGGAGGUGAUGUUGAGGGUGAAGGAGUCGGAGGUCCAGUAUCUGAAACAGGAGAUCAACUCUCUGAAGGAUGAACUCCAGGCCGCCCAAAGAGAUAAGAAGUAUGCGACGGACAAGUACAAGGACAUCUACACAGAGCUGAGUAUCGUGAAGGCCAAAGCAGAGCGAGACCUUGGGAGGCUCAGAGAACAGCUGCAGCUGGCCCACGAGGCACUGGGGGAACCAUCACUGGAGGAGGUGGAGAGGGCAGGAGGAUACGAUAUCAUGAAGUCCAAAAGCAACCCUGACAUUCUCAAGAUGGCGGCUGCUGCCGCCAAACGCACCGAGCGCACCAUGAGGUCAAAGAGUCUUAAGGAAGGGCUCACUGCCGAGCAGCGACUCCACCUGUUUGACAAAGACACUAAGGAGUUCUGACAGCGUCGCCUGCGUCGCACCGCUCCAGCCACCUUGCAGCAUGUUUAGAAAGGCCACUAUAUUUUACCUCUGUAAAAUAUACCUGUACCUCUUAUUUAGGAACACACUGGUCACCACACACAUGUCAUGUGUGUAUAUAUAUAAAAUAAAAAACAUGGUGUGAAGAUUUGAAUUUUAUGUCUAGACUCAUUCCAUGCACUUCAGUUACUGUGACAUUUUUGGUUUUUGGUUUUCAUCGCCAUGAAACCGUACAGAGUAAAUACUCUGUAUGGUUUUUAAUGAGGCAUCUAUCAUGCCUACACUAACAAAGAUGGCCUGUAAACUACUGUUUGGACUCCUUACUCUGUGUUAAUAGCCGAAGGAAUAAGUGUGAUGUUGUAAAGGCUAAACACAACUGCAUAAUGAUGAUGAUGAUGGAAUAAUUACUUACAUAAGCAAAACCGUAGGAACAAUCCUGCCUUCAGGCCUGCGUGUUAUGCUAGGUGAGGUCAGUGUUCACAUGCUGUUUCCCUCUACCCCCUUAACAAGCUACGGAAAGAAAAUGUUUGCCUGCAUCAUUGUACAAGUAAACGAUCUGUUACGUUGGAUGUUGCUCCUUCAUUGCCUGGUGUGUUGACUUGUUAUAUGAUCAUUAUUAACAUCAUAGAAUGUUUUCUGAAACAGGACCAUUUUAAAAUGACCCCUGGAAGGCGACUGCUGAACGCAUACAGAACAAAUGGGAUUAGCUGAUUUAUAAUAUAAAUAUAUUUACAUUCUUCUCUCUAAUCGUAUUGGCACAGCUGUAUGGGAGGAUGAUUUGUUGUAGCCGGUUAUGUCUGUAGUCUUGUUCAGUGGCAGUCCCUUUGUAUUUAUUUAUGUGUUGUUUUUUUUUGUCUCGCAUACCAAUCCCUCUGUACUCUACUGUUGUAAAUAUACAGCCAAUGUAUACCAACUGACAACCGGUUUAUUAGCAAUAAAUAUUUUUGCACCCUG